AGCGAUACAAAGCGGCACAGGUCAAAAGAAGAAGAAGAAGAGAGUGUGCCGCUGCUAACACUCCGGUACAAAAUUUCAUCUGAAGCAGCUCGACGCCUCUCCCUAGUGGCUGUCUCCCAACGGUAGCACAUAGAGUAUCAGAGGUUUUGACACAAGGGCUGUAUGCUGCACUCUGAGAUCCACCAUGGAGGAUUUGCUGUCGAGUCUUGGUGGGAUUGAAGUGACAUCCUGCCCCAACAACCCCCAUGCUGAGCAUCCCCACUUUGCCCUUUACAAGGUCAAGGCCACUGGGUCCUCCCAGGAUGAACGACGCAAGAUGGUUCUGCAGGCCAGGAAGGAGGCCCGAUAUGACUUGUUGUCACUGAUCCGCAACAUUGAUGAAGCUUCAAGUGAUGUGACGGAUGAUAACAAUGAUGACAUGGAGUGUGAACAGGUCCGGUCCUGUUAUGCACGCCCCAAGAAGUUCAGGAACUUCUUAAUGUUGAGUGAGUGGCUGGUGGAUGUACCUGAAAAUUUUUGCCACACUCACUUGGCUGUUCCCUGCCCUGUAGGGAAAAGGUGCCUUGUCAUGGCUGCCAGGGGCAGGACUCGGGCAUAUGCCAAGUCAGGUGUGAUGGUGAGGGAGUUUCCAACUAUGCUUCCUGGAGGGAACCGCCACAUAUGCAAUCGAGGCUUUGCUCUCCUUGACUGCAUCUGGUCUGAGGUGAACAAGACUUACUAUGUCCUAGACCUCAUCAUGUGGCUCAACCAAUCCAUCUUAGAAAGUGAGACACAGUUUCGACUUGAGUGGCUGAAGUCAAGGAUGGAAGAGGAGGCCCAGGAGGUGCAGGAAACUUCUCGCCUCAACCCUUUUAGGUUUCAAAGAGUGCCUUAUUAUGACUGUUCCCCAGAGACUUUACAGAGGCUGAUGGCAGAGGAGAUGCCCUUCUCAGUGCCAUUGGAUGGCAUCCUAUUCUACCAUAAGGAAAGCCAUUAUACACAUGGCACAACACCACUCGUAGGCUGGCUCAAGGGCUACAUGUUUCCAGAGAUUCUUGGUAUUCCUGUUCCUGAGUCUGUUCUAAUGGAAAAGCCACUGAAGUAUGUUAACCUCCCUAGUCACAUACAAUAUGGGGAAGAAAAAAGAAAUGCCAAGAAGAAUGAAGAGAAAAUGGAGGUCUCUUCAGCUCAAGGCCAAAAGAAAAAAAAUAAGAAAACCACUAAGAGUAAAUUACAAGAAAGUAAAAUGGAGGUAUCAGGGUCUUAAGUUAUUUGAAUUAUAUAUAUAUAUAUAUAUAU